UGAAUUUUUUAUAAUUUUUUAAAGUGAUUCUAUUAAUUAAUAGCGUUAUACAAAAAACUUGAAUAACAUCGUCGUUAUUAUAAAACAGUUGAUCGUAAUAUAGUAAUAUCAAAAUAAAAUAUAAUAUUGUCAUUGCAAUGGACGCGACAAUAUUGUAUUUAUCUAAUAUAGCUUAUUGUGUGCUGGCUAUACUUAUCCUAACGUUAAUUACAUUGUAUUAUUACGUCGAGUGUUCUAGAGCAGUUUGCUUUGUGAAAAAGCUACCAUGUCCACCACAUGUACCUAUAUUAGGUCACGCAUUAAUCACUUUUAGACUGUCUCCAGAGAUCACAGUAUCCAAAACCAUGGAAUAUCUUAAUACAUACGGAUUAGUAUUAGGCGGAUAUUUGGGAACAAGAGUAGUCAUCUUUCUGUUAGAUCCACAGGAUAUUGAAAUAAUUUUAAGUAACCCUGCACACAUCGACAAAUCCGUGGAAUACGAAUUUUUUCAACCAUGGCUCGGAGAUGGUUUGCUUAUCACAACUGGCGAUAAAUGGCGCAGACAUAGAAAAGUGAUAGCGCCUACAUUCCACACGAGUAUUUUGAAGACGUUUGUACCUCUGUUUUAUGAGAAUAGCAUGGAUCUCGUGAGACGACUUCGCGAUGAAGUUGGAAAAGAGUUCGACUGUCAUGAUUAUCUAUCAGGUGUAACAGUUGACAUUUUAACUGAAACUGCGAUGGGAAUCAAAAGAGAAAAGAGGCAAAGCACUGGAUAUGAUUAUGCCGUAGCCGUGAUGAAAAUGAGCGAUAUUGUACAUCGAAGGCAUUAUAAUUUUUCAUUACGUUCUGACUUAAUUUUUAAACUUUCAAAGUUUGCGAAGAAGCAAGAGAAAUUGCUCAAUAUUAUUCACACACUGACAAAUCGUGUUAUUGAAGAGAAAUCUAAGGAAAUCGAAGAGAAAUGUAUAAAAAAUCAACAGCAAAAAGAAGUGCUAAACAGCAAGCCUAUGGAAAGUUUAAAUGCAACCAGAAAUGACGGAAAUGAUAAAAAUAAUGUUACUAAAUAUACAAAGCUGCAUUAUGUAAGAGAUGAUCUUGAUGACAUCGAUGAAAACGACGUAAGUGAAAAGAAACGACUUGCCUUCCUAGAUAUGAUGUUGGAUUUGAAAAGAAAUGGUGGACAAAUGACUGACGAGGAGAUUCGAGAGGAAGUAAAUACUAUCAUGUUUGAGGGUCAUGAUACCACGGCCGCCGGCUCGAGUUUUGCAUUAUGUGUCUUAGGAAAUCAUCAAGAUAUUCAGACUCGCGUGCAUGAAGAAUUAGAUGCAAUUUUCGGCGACAGCGACAGGCAAUGCACUUUCCAAGAUACUUUGGAAAUGAAAUAUCUUGAAAGAGUUAUUUUGGAAACUCUGAGACUUUUUCCACCGGUGCCUGCGAUUGCUAGAAAACUUAACGAAGACGUAAAAAUAAUUACAGGUAAUUAUAUUCUUCCUAAAACUGCCACGGUGUUGAUACCACAAUUCGCAGUGCAUCGUUUGGAAAAAUAUUAUCCAAAUCCGACAGUUUUUAAUCCAGACAAUUUCCUACCGGAAAAAAUGCAGCAAAGACAUUACUAUGCCUUCAUUCCUUUCAGUGCUGGACCAAGAUCCUGUGUGGGGCGAAAAUACGCUAUGCUGAAAUUGAGUCUAUUAUCGACGAUACUAAGGAAUUACCAUAUCAUUUCUGAUGUGGCAGAUAAAGAUUUUAUAUUACGAGGCGACAUUAUUCUGAAAAGGCACGAUGGAUUCAAAAUCAAGGUUGAGCCACGCAAGCCUGUAUCUCGUAAUCCAGAAUCGGCAUUUAACAUUCCCUUAUCUGCGUAAAUCAAAUACAUUAUUUCAUACCUUGUUAUGACAAUUUUAAAAUAGUACGUGUGUAUAUAUAUCUAUAAAUAAAUGACGUAAAACAUUUUA